AUUGACGUAGAUGGCAAUGGAUGCCUCUCCAGGGACGAGCUGGGCACAGCACUCAAGACCUGCGGCAUUAACUUGCCAGGCUACGAACUGCGACAGAUCAUGGCCACCCUGGACACAAACAAAAACGGGACCAUUGACAUGAAUGAAUUUAGACAGCUGUACACCUCCGAGAAGUGCAAACGAGAUGUUGGUGUCACUUUUACAAAAGCAGUUCAGGCAAGGAAAGAUGUCAACACAAUCGGAGGCACCAGCCAGGCCUCUGUGGAGGGCACAACUCAUAAUGUGAGGAAAGCAGAGACUAUAGCCUUUGCUAAGUGGAUCGACAGCAACCUCAAGGAUGAUGUUGACUGCAAGUCCCUGCUGCCUGUAGACAGUGAGAAUAAUGAGCUGUUUGAGAAAUGCAAGAAUGGAAUCAUCUUAUGUAAACUGAUCAACAAGUCUGUGCCGUCCACUAUUGAUGAGAGGACCAUCAACAAGACUAAUCUGUCUGUGUAUCGUCGCCAUGAGAACCUGACCUUGGCCAUCAACUCUGCCCAGGCCAUCGGCUGCUCCACGGUCAACAUCGGCCCCGAUGACCUGGAUGCUGGCAAACCUCACCUGGUUCUGGGACUCUUGUGGCAGAUCAUUCGGAUUGGUCUACUCAGUGACAUCAACCUGGCCCAUCACCCUGGCCUCAUUCAUCUUUUGGAGGAAGGCGAGACUUUGGAGGAUCUUCAGAAGCUCAGCCCAGAGCAAAUUUUGUUGAGGUGGGUGAAUUAUCACCUGCGCAACGCUGGUUGUGACCUCCGCAUCAAGAAUUUCUCGGAGGACAUUAAGGACUCUGAGGCUUAUACUUACCUGCUGCACCAGAUUGCUCCCAGAGAUAGGGGCGUUGACCUGUCACCAUUAGGGGUUUCUGACAGACACCAGAGAGCGGAAGCCAUGCUGCAACAGGCCAGCAAGAUAGACUGUCGCUCGUUUGUGGGUCCAGCUGAUGUGGUGGAGGGCAAUGCUAAACUCAACCUGGCGUUCGUGGCAAAUCUUUUCAACAACUUCCCAGCCAUGGAGGGAGUCGACGAGAACUUGGAGUUGGAUAUUCACGAGGAGACCAGGGAGGAGAAAACAUACCGUAACUGGAUGAACAGUAUGGGAGUGUCCCCAUUUGUCCACUAUAUCUACAAUGACCUGACUGACGGCCUGAUCAUCUUCCAACUCUUCGACAUCUGCAAGCCAGGAAUCGUCGAUUGGAACAAAGUCCACAAGAAGUUCUCCAAACUCAAGGCCAACUUUGAGAAGAUUGAAAACUGCAACUACGCCUGCCAGCUAGGCCAGAAACUGGAGUUCUCCCUGGUCGGGGUGGCUGGCAAAGAUAUCAAAGAUGGCAACCAAACACUUACACUAGCCCUUGUUUGGCAGUUGAUGAGAGCAUACACCAUUUCUGUGUUGAGUAAACUAUCUGCAGACAACAAGAAUGCUGAGAGACUGAUCCUGGAGUGGGCUAACACAAGGUUGGACAAAUCUGCCAAAUUGUCCAGUUUUGGGGACCCCAACUUGGCAGAUGCUGUCAUUCUCAUCAAGUUGAUUGAAAAGAUCAAGCCAUCGUCUGUAGACUACAGCCUGGUCAACCAGAACGCACAGACAUAUGAGGACAAACUGGCAAAUGCCAGGUAUGCUAUUGGGAUUGCCAGAAAGAUUGGCGCUAGAGUCUACGCCCUGCCGGAGGAUCUGGUGGAGCUGAAGCAGAAGAUGAUCAUGACCAUCUUUGCCUGCCUGAUGGCCAGAGACUACAGCCAGAACGCACAAGACUUGACCGAGGUCUACCAGGCCAGUUAA